AUGUCUUCCUUUUUCACUGUACCCAAUUCCCAGCGCAAGAGGAAGAGAGACGAUCGCGCCGGAGCCCCAGGAUUAAAAAAGCGAGGCGUAGAUGCCAAAGCCGAUGGUGGUCGACGCACCAGAGAGAGAGAAGAGUCGAUCUCAGGCAGUGAUUUGGAUGAUGAUGCCGCAAUCGACACAGCGGAAUCAGGCGACGAGAGCGGAUCGGAUUCGGACGACGGCGAAACUGCGGCGGACCGACGACUGAAACUCGCUGAACGCUACCUUGGCAACCUUCAACAAGAGGUUGAUGAAGCUGGAUUUGAUGCAGCAGAAAUUGAUCGAGAUUUGAUCGCGGAGCGAUUGAAGAAGGAUGUUGAUGAAUUUAAAGGACGGACGUUCCGUCAAAUCGCUGCGAGACUAUCCGUCCCCACGGCGCCUCAUUCCUUUUUCCGUUCAGAUACCCAGUCAACCACUGCUAUCGCAGUUCACCCGCCCUUUGUCUACGCUGUUUCGAAGGAUAAGACUUUGACCAAGUGGGAAUUGGCCGAACCCAGCGUACCAGCCUCCACACAACUGAAUGGCGAUAAUGAUACUUCCAAGCGGCCUCCACGUCCCCAGCGCAAGAAGCCCAAGCGUGUGAAGUACGCCCGAGGUAUGCGCAAAGUUGGCGAAUCAGAGGAGGAUCAAGGUCACACCGGAAACAUCUUAGCUGUUGCUGUUUCGCCUUCUGGAAAAUUUGUGGCAACUGGUGGAGCGGACAACAAACUUAUCAUUUGGGAUGCAGAGACUUUGACGCCAAGCAAGACAUUCUUGCACCAUCGGGACUCAGUUUGCAGUCUGUCUUUUGCGCGCCAUAUCUCAACAAUGAGUUCCGGAGAGCAGCUGUUCUCAGGUUCGUACGACCGCACAAUUAAGACAUGGUCCAUCAGCGGAGCGGGCCAUGCCUACGUCGAAACCCUUUUCGGCCACCAGGAUCAUGUCACUGGAGUUGCUGCCAUGACCAUUGAUGAAUGUGUUAGUGUUGGUGCUCGGGAUCGUACAGCCCGUCUGUGGAAGGUUGUCGACGAAACACAGCUUGUGUUCCGUGGCGGUGCUUCUAGAAAUGCCCCCUACCACGAGAGCAACAUUGAUUGCAUUGCCCCACUCCCUCCCACUCACUUCGUCACCGGCUCAGACUCCGGCUCUCUCUGCCUUUGGUCGAUUCAUAAGAAGAAGCCGCUUUACACCGUCCGUCUUGCUCACGGAUUGGACCCUAUCCCCCCUCUGGAUGUGCUAUCACCCGAAACAGACGAGGCGACUGCCGCUCACAACACACGGCACAUGCGCCCCAUGCCUCGCUGGAUCACCGCUCUCGCUACCCUACCCGGUACCGAUGUCGUCCUCAGUGGCAGCUGGGACGGUUGGAUCCGCGCAUGGCGCGUCUCAGAAGAUAAGAAGACGCUGAUCGCUCUCGGCCCCAUUGGUGCAGGAUCCCUCGGCGCUGCAACCCCAGACACACCCUCGCAACAACUCAACCAGACUCUUGCCCUUGACGCCACCCCUGGAUCAGAACAAGCAGAGCCAGAGCCUUUGAUCAAGGGUGUCAUUAACGACAUCGCAGUCUUCGAACGACGCCCCGACGCUGACAUGCCUGGCGCUGACUCAAAAGCCAAGGCUGAAUCCAAAGAUCAGCCUCGUGGUAUUUCCAUCGUCGCUGCUGUCGGUAAAGAGCACCGUUUGGCUCGCUGGAAGUGCUUCACCAACAAUUUCUAUGAGGGCGCGACUUCGGGAGGCCGCAAUGGUGCUGUCGUCUUUGAGGUUCCGUUCGUUACUAAUGACACCGUGAAGGCUGAUGUAUAA